AUGUCUUUUGUUAACGUUCUUCAGAGGGGAUACUUCACCUUGGCAUUCAUUGCUCUCAUCGUAACCUUCCACUCGGGCCAGGUUGUAACCGAAGAAUUUCAACCGAAUUGGCAACAAUGCAGCUGGCACUUCUCCCCCACCAGCAGUACGCAGGGCAAAUCUUCCUGUAAGCAGACCGACGACGCUGAUCACCUAUGCUGGUACAAUAGCUGUAGUACCAGCAAAGGCGGAGGCAGGUGGGAGGAUGUAUUCUUCGUCGAUUGUUACGUGCCAAAAACCGAUACCAAAUCACAGUAUCUGAAACCAGCUCAAUAUUACCGUUACGGCGACAAUGCUAGGGUUCAGGAAGCUGAUACUGGGACCUGGUUCACAUGUCCUUACGGGGACAGGGACAACCGUAAUGACCAAAUUAUGAACUGUUCCGGCUGCGAGAAAACUCCUGGCUCCUCUCCGUCGUGAAGCGCACAUACCUACGUCUGACAGACUGAUGGUCCCGACAACAUUCCCAAGUUUCUCUUUUCCCUCUUCCCCCAUCUUUCUGUUGCAUUUGCUAGAACAACUCAAGCUUCCCUUCUCCCGAGCGUAACAAAGCCCGCGAGCACCCGCAGGCGUGAGGUGCAAGCGAGGCUUAUGCCUAACAAUGGGAUUCCCGCGUGAUAGGAUCUGAGUUUGAGCCAUAGCCUUCCUUGUUUUUCAAUCUAAAAAUCAAUCAUCCUUUCUCAUGACCUUCCAAGCUACCCCAGCUGAGCGCUGCCGUCUUGUGUAUCUUUCUGUCUCAUCCAUUUUCUUUUGCGAUUUGUUGUAUGUAGUCUGUGAUUUUUCAAAAUAAAGGACUUUUGAAAUGUAGGUUAGAC